GAAGUAUGUAAAAAGGAGGAAAAGAAGCGAGACUCUGGGCUUGGGGAAAAACACGAUGAAGAGUUAAGGAAGAAGGGCCGCAAACAGCGGCUGCUGCUGCUGGAGCUCCCGGAUUCCUGAUCCUGACCCCCCGGGUUCUAGCUCCGGGAUUCCUGAUCCUCCGGGUUCUAGCUCCCGGAUUCCUGAUCCUGACCCCCCGGGUUCUAGCUCCGGGAUUCCUGAUCCUCCGGGUUCUAGCUCCCGGAUUCCUGAUCCUGACCCCCCGGGUUCUAGCUCCGGGAUUCCUGAUCCUGACCCCCCGGGUUCUAGCUCCGGGAUUCCUGACCCCCCGGAUUCUAGCUCCCGGAUUCCUGACCCCCCCCCCCGGGUUCUAGCUCCUGGAUUCCUGACCCCCCCCGGGUUCUAGCUCCCAGAUUCCUGACCCCCCCCCCCCCGGGUUCUAGCUCCCGGAUUCCUGAUCCUGACCCCCCGGGUUCUAGCUCUGGAUUCCUGACCGCCCCCCCCGGGUUCUAGCUCCCGGAUUCCUGACCCCCCGGGUUCUAGCUCUCGGAUUCCUAAUCCCCGGGUUCUAGCUCCCGGGAGUCCGGAGCUGGAGUUGCAGCAGCGGCCAUGGAGGAGUUAGCAGCGGCGGCGAAGGCCGAGGGGCCACCCAGAGCGGAGCGGGCGGCGGUUGCAGCAGCGAACGGGGAAGCGGGGACGGUGAGCCAGGACCCGGUCAUUUACUUCGUCCGGGGCCGGGCAGCAGGCGGCCCUCCCGGGCAGGAGCAGGAGGAAGAGGCCGAGCAGCUCCAGUUCGGAACCGUGUCCGUGCCGGCCUCCCCCUGCCCAAGCUCCAUCAGUAACAGUGACUCCAGGCCGCGGGGAGACUCUUGGGAGGAUUUAACAGUUUGGGUGGAUCAGAUACUUGAGGAAGCAGCAGACCCCAAAGAUCCCAUUGCGAUUGAACGGUUGAACUUGAUGAACAUGGCAAAACUCAGCAUCAAGGGUCUCAUUGAAUCGGCGUUAAACCUGGGACGGUCGCUGGAUUCUGACUACGCCCCUCUGCAGCAGUUCUUUGUGGUGAUGGAACACUGCCUGAAACAUGGCCUUAAAGUUAAGAAAACAUUCCUGGGGCAGAACAAGUCAUUUUGGGGAGCGUUGGAGGUGGUGGAGAAACUGUGCCCGGAAGCCAGUGAAAUCACAGUCAGCGUGAAAGACCUGCCUGGUCUGAAGACUCCGGUUGGCAGAGGGAGAGCAUGGUUACGUCUGGCUCUGAUGCAGAAGAAGCUGUCAGAUUAUAUGAAGGCGUUAAUUAAUCGGAAGGAUCUGCUCAGUGAGUUUUACGAAACCAACGCUCUGAUGAUGGAAGAGGAAGGAGCAGUGAUCGCUGGGCUCCUGGUUGGGCUGAAUGUCAUUGAUGUCAAUCUUUGUAUGAAGGGUGAAGACCUCGAUACACAGGUGGGAGUGAUCGACUUCUCGCUGUAUUUGAAGGACGGGGCCCACAGCAGUAAAAGUGCCGAGGGGGAUGGGCAAAUUACUGCCAUUUUGGAUCAGAAAAACUACGUGGAAGAACUUAAUCGACACCUAAGUGCAACUGUAAAUAAUCUACAAGCAAAAGUGGAUGCGUUGGAGAAAUCGAACACAAAGCUUACCGAAGAGCUCGCUGUAGCAAACAACCGAAUCAUCACCUUGCAGGAAGAGACGGAACGAAUUAAACAGGAAAAUGCCUUCUACUCCGACUCGACUCGGAAGAAGAUGGAAGUGGGGAAGCCAGAUGGGAAUGCGGAGGGACAGGUUCCGAGACCCCCUCGCCAGGGGACAGAUGAUGUCCACACUGAGACCAGGAAACAACUGAAGGAGGAGACACAGCUCCGUCUGGAUGUUGAGAAAGAGUUGGAGGUUCAGAUUGGUAUGAAGCAAGAGAUGGAACUAGCUAUGAAAAUGCUGGAAAAAGACAUCUGUGACAAACAAGACGUGUUGGUAACAUUCCGGCAACAGCUGGACGAUGUCCAGGCUCUCAACCAUGAACUGUCCCAAAAACUUCAGGGCUCUGAUAAUGUGAUUAGACAGAAGAAUGAAAUCAUUACUCGUUUGGAGGAGAAAGCGAAUCAGAUGAGCUGUACAAUUAAACAGCUGGAGCGAAGAUUGCAACAGACGCAACACAACUGGCAGUUGGCUGAGGAAGCCAACUAUCUCUUCAAGCAGGAGUUUGGGGAGAAGAUCAUCAGUCUCCAGAAUGAAGUGGAACAACUCACAAAGCAACGUUCCCAGUUGGAAACUUGUUUGAAGGAGCAGAGAUUGGGUUUACACAAUGAUUCCAUUUGUGAUAACGAUGUAGAACAAGUCCAGAGAAAUCUGCAACAAAUGGCCAAUAUGCAGAAGGAAUUGGAACAACUUCGGGAAGCAAACAAGAGACUCCAGGAAGUAGGAAAGAAUAAACCUUCCAAUGGAAUGCACCAACGCAGGAGGUCAAGCACACACACAGUGACAGAAGCAGAAAAGGAACCUGACUGGUCAGUACUGGAAAAGCAGAAUACAAUUUGCAAACUCUGCCAAGAGGAAGCCUCAGUGACCAGGGAGAAGAAACGCUGCAGCAAUUGCCUUACCAUCGUGUGCAGUCAGUGCGCCGUCAAUGAGCUGCCGCUACCUUCCUCCAUCCAGCCUGUGAGAGUGUGCAACCCUUGCCACGGAGCCUUAUUACAGCAGUACUCGACAACAUUGCCACCCUGACCCACCCACGCGCACACACACACACACAUAAUUGAUCAACCGACAGCUGUUGAUUGAGUGAGUGCGGGGACAAUUGAGGCACCUCUCAGCUUUUGUCUUUCUCAUGAGAUUAACGCACAAAUUUGUGUAAAUUCCACAUUUCCCCCUUCUCCCCCUCCCCAAAAAAAACCUUUGUUUUGAUACAGUUCUGAGUGAUGCAGUUGCAUGCUCAUUCAUGCUAAUGGUAAACUCUCUCUCUUUUAGUGAGACAGUCUACUGAUGACCAGCAGUAAUUGUGUACUGCAAGGUGCUAAAAAUAUCUGAAAUCCCUCCAACAUUCAGCUGCUUAACCUUUGUCUAAGGAUGAGGAGACAGUGGAUUGUCUCAUUAGUGUCAUCAAAGUGCCCCCUUUUUAAAUAAGGAAGCAAUUAACUUAAAGGGAAACAAAUAACUUAAAUGUCUAUUGUCAGUGCCCAUCAACUGACCUCAGUCUGUUAAGGUGACCUUCAUUAAAAAUAAGAGACUAGAUACUCACUUUCUGGGGCUAUUGGGAGCAUCUAUUUGGCAGAGUGGCAGAAGCAGCAAUCGGAACAGUCCAGCUCGACCUUGGACUGUAAAGACUUGAUACAGAAGACUGCCUCCUCUCUCUCCAUCUUGGGGUUGUAGCAUCGAGAAGGCUAUAGCUACCCCAUUGAAACCAGCAGCGCUUUUUGGGAAUUGUGUUCCUGUAUUUCUUUCUCAGAUCAACACUGAUUUAAGGAGUGUUCUACAAUUGUAACUUAUGAUUUUGCACAUCAGGGAGAACAAAUGUUUGUCAAUCUCCAAGACUGUACCCAGCCACAAGGUUAGAGCUGGGAGAUGCCAGCUGGAAUAAAGCGACAGUUGUCAAAUUUGUUCUUGCCACGUGGAGUAGAUUCACAGAAAAUUUCGAAGGCUAUACCUGGAAUCACAUUUAACACAACGUGCUUCAAUGUGUGGCUCAAACCAAAAGCAGAAGGUAUUUAUUUAUGUGGCUAACGUUUGUUUUCCAGGGUAGUCUCACAGUUUUAAGAAGUGAAUGUACUAGGACUGUUUAUUAUAAGAUUAAAACUUGUUUGAUUUAGUGAUAUUUACAGUCAUUGGAAAUCCAGCCAUUAUUAAAUAGGUAGUAUAAUCUAAGAUGAGAACAACAUUCUUAAUUUUAAUGUCAGUGUAAAAGAUGACUCUUUAUAUUUUUAAUGUGACAAUUGUUGCAUUAACAUCUCUCAAAGAAAUGUGAGUUGUAUUGUGGGGCUGGAGUCCUGUUCAGUAUAAAACACCCCUGUGGAACCUUGGUGCAUUUAUUGUCGAGGUUUAACUGCGCCUCCUGAUGUUGUCAUUAUCUGAAAUAGUGUUUGAACAAAUGUUUAAUUGUGCACGAACCUGCGACUGUCCAGGGUUUUAAAACAAAACACCCCCUUCCAAUCCAAAAUCAAGAUGGUUAUAUAAGUACUUGGUUAAAAUUCAGUCAUGGGAUGUCAGGGCCAGUAUUUAUCCCUAUCCACUGCCUUCAAGGGGUGAUUUAUUUUCUUGACUAACUACAGUCCACCCCUGAACUUGUCUCUGCAAUAGAUUGGUCAGAUGGCAGCAGCAUGCAACUGAGUGCAGCAUUUAUCUAGCCCCGAACAGCCUGCUGUUGAACUCAUUAUUCAUAUUAUAAGCAUUUUACAGAUGUUACAAACCUAUUUAGACCGCCUGUUCUCUCCCAGCAUCCCCCACUUGAAAGCACAAGGGAACAUUUUUAUCCAAGCAUGUCUCUUCUUCCCCCUACGUUUGGAUGUUUCAGUUUACAUUCUGGAAUUGCCUUUCUUACACUUUGUUAGAAGUAUAGCCAUCGGCUAACUUGAAUACCAACGUGUCCACAAUGGGGGUCUGUAUCUGUGCUGGAAGAACUCUUGACUCCACCUUGAGAACUGCAGAAGGGAUACUCUCUGCACUGUCGCCUACACUGAGUAUAAUUACUGUUUUUGAAAAGACUUUUAAGAGUUUCAGGUCUGAAAUCUUUCAAAUACAAUCCUGUGAAGUUAUGUUUAUGAUUGCAGAUGCUUGA